AUGGAGUGGUCACAGCUAAAUGUGCUAUUAGCGGUCAUGUCAAUGGCGGCAGGUGCUGUCUCCAAUCCAAUUGGCCUAAAAAACGCCACCAUUGAAGAUACCGGCGAAGUUGUCGCCUUUGAGUGGUAUAAUGCAUCUCUGCCCGACAAAUCACAAGCCAAACAAUUUUGCGCCUCACGCCGGUCUAGCCUUCCAGCCGCACGCGAACUUCGAUACUUCUACAAAAGCUUGGACAUUAGAAACGGUUCGACUUUUUAUCUCGACGAUACUAUCGAGACAACAAUGGAUUCACCGAACGAAGCCAUCGGCGAGAGGAUGUGCAUCACAAUAAUGAACAUUCCUGGGAAACCGCUCCAGCUAGCCGAGACGUACGCGAUAAGAAGCUGUUCAAUAAGAGCUGAUGCAGUGGUUUGUCGAAGGACCACUUCUACGGUUGAAUCGUCUUAUUCAAACUGCGUUCCACAGGAGUACGUAGAGGUCAAGGGAAACAACACCAUCGAAUUCAAUAAAGCAAGAUUCGCCUACGUAGCAGGAGCUAUUUGUUUUGCACUUCUCCUAACAAACAUUUUGUGGAUCAUCUUAUGCUACAAAUACUGCGCAAUUCGAAAACAAGCACACGCACGCAUUAGGGACAACACAAGUGUUCUCUUCGCUACGAGCAGUUUGCUAAAGCCGACUGGAUUCAACUCAACCAUGGUGGAUCCCGGUAGAUACGAUCUUCUGCCCGACGUACCCCUUCAACAAUGCGAUAGUUUUCGCAAGUCUUGCAGAUCCACCAGUACUCGCGACCACAGCGCCAAUGAGGAAACUAGUAGACACGACACUAUUGAAACAAUUUAUCAUGACAACGAUUUGGAGCGAAAGAACACGAUGACAGAGGCUACCGGCUUUCUUUAA